AUGGAGAGUGAAAAAACCCCUAGUCUUUAUCCCAGUCUUAAUCCAGAUACUUUGGUCGAAACUGCAGGCGAGAAACCAACGGUCAUCCAAAAUCCAACCGAGGAUCGUCCAGGGAAAAAGCCUUACAAUGAAUCGGCAGAAAUUCAAAGGGAAAUGCGAAAACUGCGUGAGCGAGACGAGGAAGAAUUUCACAAGAAGCAACAAGAGAUUAGGAGGAGGAUCGAUAAUCACUUGAACCAGCACGGAGGAGACUUGGCGCAUCUGUUUAGUCAACAUGUUCCCAAUGAAGUGAAUUGCGUUCAGCUGACCAGUUUUGGAGUCUCGAAGAACGUCCACACCACGAAGAUUCCACUACCGCUACCCUUGAACCACGAAAUUCUCAUCCGCGCUUACUCUUGCGGUGUCAAUUUCAAUGACAUCAUGACUCGCAACGGAAUGUUGGACACUUGGGUUCACACUCUAAAAACGCCUUUCAUCAUGGGAAGUGAAGUUGCUGGCGAAAUUGUCGGACUGGGGAGAAACGUUACAAAUUUUAAGUUUGGAGAUCGUGUUAUGGCUCUACCGGAACGCAAAGCCUGGAGUGAAUAUGUUGUCUGUCGGGAGGAAUACUGCUUCAAAAUUCCUGAUCAGAUGAGCUAUCACGAAGCUGUAGCUUUGACCGUCGAUGGAAUCGUAGCCCAUUCCUUGCUAUUCCAAAUGGGGAAUCUAAGCCCUGGCAAAGCUGUUCUCCUACACUCGACUCCUGGGGGAUUGGGUACGAUGGUGACUCAAAUGGUACGCACCGUGCCCAAUACUCGCAUCUUCAAAAUUGCCAUGAACAAAGAAGAGGUACAAGGCGAGUCUGCCGACCGGAUCGUCAAUUACAUUGAUCAUGAUGCUGAUUACGUUACCGAAAUCCGUCAUAGUUCACCUCAUGGAGUUGAUUUGGUACUUGACUGUCAAUACGAGGACAAUUUCCAGCGCGAUUUCAAUCUGUUGAGACCAAUGGGCAAGUAUAUCCUGUUCGGAACUCAGGCAGCUAUCAACCGCGGAUUUCUCGACAGCGCUAGAUCUUGGUGGGGCCAAGAAAAAGUGUCGCCAUUGAAACUCUACGAGGAGAACAAGAGCAUCUGUGGCUUCAACCUGCGUAAUCUGUUGUACUUCCAGAAGGAUCGCCGCUACAUCCGCGAAUUGUUCGACCGAAUCUGCACAAUGUGGGAAGACGGCGAGAUCCAGGCUGUUUAUGACUGCGUCCUUCAGUUCGAUGAUUUCCCUGAAGCUCUGCAGCGCAUGCAGGAGCACGGACAGAACGGCAAAAUCAUUCUUGAUCCAAGAAUGACGAAACAAGAAUCGCUUCACGAGCGUGACUACUACGUGUUGGCCGAGAGGAACGUGAAACAGCGUCACUGGCAAGAGAAACCUUUGCUGAACAAACUAGGAUUCCCAGAGCCGGGCGAAUUGGUCGAAGAUGAGGAAUUGGCUGCAGAGAACAAGGAGCGUGCCAGGCAGCAACAGCAAGAGGAAAUGCAGAAGAAAAUCCUGGAACAACAACAACAACAUACCACUGGAUUAAUGCCGAAUUUGUUUCCGGUAGGAAGCUCUCGCGGUCACGAACGUUCCACUUUGGACACCAUCAAAGAAAAGCUAACUCCAAGUUUUCUCUCUAGAGAAUCUGCAGAAGGUACGAUGCCGCAAGCGAACAUUGAGACGGUAGGAAUUGCCCCCGUUGGCAUGAUAAUUGGGGAGCCUACAUUAGUUACUACUCAAGACACCUUCCCGCAGUUGCCGAACCCACCACCAUUAUCUCCUUAUUCGGUUGAGAAUGUACUAUCCCACAUAUCGAGUUCUAACGAACCAUUGAUGUCUCCUACGUCGACGAUCUCACCCCAGGGCUUUCCAUCAAUGGAAACGCAGCAACCCAUUCUAUCGAAAGAAAAAGUUGAGUUGACGCUUCCGAUGACCACUAAAGAAAUGAAAGAUUUCAAGGAGGAAAUUCCCGGAGCUCUUCAGGAAGAGAGAAAACAGCACACGGGCUUCAUGGAAAAACUUCGUAGUGAAUAAAUAUCCAUGAGAAAACGUUUCAUCAGGUGGCCUCAAGAAAACGUUUCGGCCUCUAGCGACUAAGAAAAUUUCUUCCUUAAAUCAGAUUCUUAUUUCAGAAAAUAUUGUUUUACAGUAGAAUAGUUUGAUUCGCUUGGAAAUACAAAAAUACCGCAUUAA